AUGGCUCCUCUUCCCAUUAAAUUCACGGAGCUUAUUAAUUUGACGAAUGCCGAAAUCGCGCCGGCGUCGAUUGGGUUCAAUUCAUGUACUCUAGAAUCGGAUCACUACGUCUGCGUCCGCCAGAAACUGGACGAGAAUGAUAAGCCCCAGGUUAUCAUCAUUAAUCUCAAGAACAACAAUGAAGUCAUCAAACGGCCCAUCAACGCGGACAGUGCUAUUAUGCACUGGUCCAAGAAUAUCAUUGCCCUCAAAGCGCAAGGCAAGACAAUCCAAAUAUUCGACCUGGCAGCCAAGGCGAAGCUCAAGUCUGCGGUCAUGAACGAGGAUGUUGUGUACUGGAAGUGGUUCAGUGAGCAAAGCUUGGGUCUGGUGACGGAAACCUCAGUCUACCACUGGGAUGUUUUCGAUCCCACCCAGUCUCAGCCAAUAAAGGUCUUUGACCGACUCCCGAACCUCAGCGGCUGCCAAAUCAUCAACUACCGCGUAAACGACGAAGAGAAAUGGAUGGUGGUUGUUGGAAUCAGCCAACAGCAGGGUCGUGUUGUUGGUUCAAUGCAGCUUUACUCCAAGGAGCGUGGGAUUUCGCAGUUUAUUGAAGGUCACGCAGCUGCCUUUGCUUCAAUCAGAGUGGAGGGCUCGCCCUUGGAACACAAGCUUUUCACAUUCGCCGUGCGAACACAAACCGGGGCCAAGCUGCAGAUUGCUGAGAUUGAUCACCAAGAGCCUAACCCGAGGUUCCAGAAGAAAGCCGUGGAGGUGUUCUUCCCCCAAGAGGCAGUCAACGACUUUCCAGUCGCGAUGCAGGUUUCCCGAAGAUAUGACAUCGUUUACCUGGUCACCAAGUAUGGUUUUAUCCACCUUUACGACCUCGAAUCCGGUACCUGCAUCUUCAUGAACCGGAUAUCCAGCGAGACCAUUUUUACUACCGCCCCCGACUCCGAAUCCGCUGGUCUCGUCGGUGUCAACCGCAAAGGUCAAGUCUUGUCCGUCAGUGUCGAUGAGGACAAUAUCAUUGGUUAUCUGAUGGAGAACCCGGCCAUGUCCGGCCUCGCUGUGAAGCUUGCUUCCAAGGGAGGGCUUCCUGGAGCGGACCACCUUUACCAGCAGCAAUUUGACAACCUGCUCGCGCAGGGUAACUACUCGGAAGCCGCGAAGAUCGCUGCAAACUCUCCUCGAGGAUUUCUUAGAACCACCGAUACCAUCAACAAGUUCAAGAACGCUCCACAGAGCGGACAGGGAAUGUCAGUCAUUCUGCAGUACUUUGGUAUGCUGUUGGACAAGGGAACUCUUAACAGAUACGAGAGUGUUGAACUUGUGCGUCCUGUCUUGCAGCAGAACAGAAAACACCUGCUGGAAAAGUGGAUGCGUGAGAACAAGCUGGAGGGCUCCGAGGAGCUUGGUGACAUUGUGCGGCCAUACGACAUGAACCUCGCUUUGAGCAUCUACCUCCAGGCCAAUGUUCCGAACAAGGUCAUUGCCGGUUUUGCCGAAACCGGUCAAUUCGACAAGAUCCUCGCCUACUCCAAGCAAGUCGGUUACCAACCAGAUUACACCCAGCUUCUCCAACAUAUUGUACGCGUGAACCCGGAAAAGGGAGCUGAAUUUGCGAGCCAGCUUGCGAAUGAAGAAUCUGGUGCCCUCAUUGACCUCGAUCGCGUCGUUGACGUCUUCCUGGCCCAAAACAUGAUCCAACAGGCCACUUCUUUCCUUUUGGAUGCUCUCAAGGAUAACAAGCCCGAGCAUGGCCAUCUCCAGACACGUCUGCUCGAGAUGAACCUUGUCAACGCCCCUCAAGUUGCUGACGCUAUCCUUGGCAACGAGAUUUUCACGCACUAUGACCGCCCUCGCAUCUCUCAGCUCUGCGAAGGUGCUGGUCUUGUCCAAAGAGCCUUGGAAAAUACCGAUGAUCCCGCCGUGAUCAAGCGCAACAUCGUCAAGACUGACAAGCUGAACUCGGAGUGGCUGAUGAACUUUAUUGGCCGUCUUUCUGUCGAGCAGACUUUGGAGUGCAUGGACACGAUGUUGGAAGUCAAUAUCCGCCAGAACCUGCAAGCCGUUGUUCAGAUCUGUACAAAGUUCUCCGACCUCAUUGGACCUGGCCGCCUAAUCAGCCUCCUGGAGAAAUACCGCACUGCGGAGGGUCUGUACUACUACCUUGGAAGUAUCGUCAAUCUGUCUGAGGACCCCGAGGUGCACUUCAAGUAUAUCGAAGCCGCCACUGCCAUGGGUCAGAUCACCGAGGUUGAGAGAAUCUGCCGUGAGAGCAACUACUACAAUGCCGAAAAGGUCAAGAACUUCCUCAAGGAAGCUCGGUUGACAGAACAGUUGCCGCUCAUCAUUGUCUGCGACCGAUUCAACUUCAUUCAUGACCUUGUGCUUUACCUAUACCAGAACCAACAGUACAAGUCCAUUGAAGUGUAUGUGCAGCGGGUCAAUCCCUCGCGCACCCCGGCUGUCGUCGGAGGCCUACUCGAUGUCGACUGUGACGAGGGUAUCAUCAAGAACCUUCUGUCUACCGUUGAUCCGUCUGUAAUCCCCAUCGACGAGUUGGUUUCCGAGGUAGAGAGCCGCAACAGGCUGAAACUUCUCCUGCCAUUCCUAGAGGCAACUCUUGCCACGGGUAACCAGCAGCAAGCUGUCUACAACGCCCUCGCAAAGAUCUACAUUGACAGCAACAACAACCCAGAGAAAUUCCUCAAGGAGAACGACCUUUACGAUACCCUCACUGUUGGAAAGUACUGCGAGAAGCGUGAUCCUAACCUCGCCUACGUCGCCUAUAGUAAGGGGCAGAAUGAUCUGGAACUCAUUAACAUCACCAAUGAGAACGCCAUGUACAGGGCACAGGCUCGCUACCUCGUUGAACGCUCAGAUCCAGAAAUCUGGUCGUUUGUUUUGAGCGAGAACAACAUGCACCGCCGAUCUCUCGUUGACCAGGUGGUUGCGACAGCCGUCCCCGAGUCCACAGAGCCAGACAAGGUGUCAGUUGCUGUCAAAGCUUUCCUUCAGGCUGAUCUUCCUGGCGACCUAAUUGAACUUCUUGAGAAGAUUAUUCUUGAACCAUCGCCUUUCAGCGACAACGGUAGCCUGCAAAAUCUCUUGAUGCUGACUGCUGCCAAGGCUGACAAGGGUCGUCUGAUGGACUACAUCCAUCAACUCAAUGAGUUCAGCCCCGAUGAGAUCGCUGAAAUGUGUAUCUCAGUUGGCUUGUACGAGGAGGCAUUCGAGAUCUACAAGAAGGUCAACAACUACAUUGCUGCUGUCAACGUUCUCGUGGAAAAUAUCGUCAGCAUUGACCGGGCACAAGAGUUUGCCGAGCGUGUUGAGCUGCCAGAUGUUUGGAGCAAGGUCGCCAAGGCUCAGUUGGACGGCCUCCGUGUCACUGACUCCAUCGAGUCUUAUAUUCAUGCCAACGAUCCUUCCAAUUACCUUGAGGUCAUCGAAACCGCAACGCACGCCGGAAAGGACGAGGAUCUCGUCAAAUACCUCAAGAUGGCUCGUAAGACGCUACGAGAGCCUGCUAUUGAUACUGGCCUUGCCUUCUGCUACGCGCGCUUAGACCAGCUCGCAGAGCUUGAAGACUUCCUGCGUGCCACCAACGUUGCUGAUAUCGAGGCUUCUGGUGACAAGGCUUAUGAGGAGGGUUACCACCAGGCUGCCAAGAUUUUCUACACCAGCAUCUCCAACUGGGCCAAGUUGGCAACAACACUUGUGCACCUCGAAGACUACCAGGCGGCGGUUGAGUGCGCCCGCAAGGCCAACAGUGUCAAGGUAUGGAAGCAAGUUAACGAGGCCUGCGUCGAAAAGAAGGAGUUCCGUCUUGCACAGAUUUGUGGUCUUAACCUGAUCGUCCACGCGGAGGAGCUGCAAGAUCUUGUUCGCCAAUACGAGCGCAAUGGGUACUUUGACGAGCUGAUUGCCGUGCUUGAAGCUGGUCUGGGGCUGGAGAGAGCUCACAUGGGAAUGUUCACUGAACUGGGCAUUGCUCUUUCCAAGUACCACCCCGACCGAGUCAUGGAGCACCUUAAGCUCUUCUGGUCUCGUAUCAACAUCCCCAAGAUGAUCAAGGCUAGUGAGGAGGCCAGCCUGUGGCCCGAGCUUGUUUUCCUGUACUGUCAUUAUGAUGAGUGGGACAACGCAGCUUUGGCAAUGAUGGAGCGUGCCGCCGAUGCAUGGGAACACCACUCCUUUAAGGACAUCAUCGUCAAGGUUGCAAACUUGGAGAUUUACUACCGUGCUCUCAACUUCUACCUGCAGGAGCAACCUCUACUGCUCACCGACCUGCUGCAAGUGUUGACCGCCCGUAUCGACGUCAACCGUGUUGUACGGAUCUUCCAGACCUCGGACAAUAUCCCUCUAAUCAAGCCUUUCCUUAUCAACGUCCAGUCUCAGAACAAGAGGGCGGUCAAUGACGCCAUCAAUGACCUGUUGAUCGAAGAGGAGGACUACAAGACUCUUCGUGACUCAGUAGACAACCAUGACAACUUUGACGCCGUGGAGCUCGCUCAGCGCCUGGAGAAACACGACCUGAUUUUCUUCAGACAGAUCGCGGCCAACAUCUACCGCAACAACAAACGCUGGGCCAAGUCGAUCGAGCUUUCCAAGCAAGAUAAGCUCUACAAAGAUGCCAUUGAGACAGCAGCUAUCUCAGGCAAGCCUGAGGUGGUGGAGGAGCUCCUUCGCUACUUUGUGGAUAUCGGUAGCCGGGAGUGCUACGUCGGCAUGUUGUAUGCUUGCUACGAUCUCAUCCGUCCCGAUGUCAUCCUGGAGAUGUCAUGGCGACACGGUCUUCAGGACUUCACUAUGCCGUUUAUGAUCAACUUCCUUUGCGAGCAGACUCGUGCAAUUGAGACGCUCAAGAAGGAUAACGAGGAGCGCAAGGCACGAGAGGUGACACAAAGGAAGGAAGAGGAUAAUACACCCAUCCUUGGGGGUUCUAGGCUCAUGCUCACGCAGGGUCCGGCAACACAGGCUAACGGGAUUACACCACAAGCCACGGGGUUCCGGCCAUUCUAG